CAACUCAAUUGAACAUACGUACGUAUAGAUACACCACGUACGUAGAUACACCACAUAUAAUGUUUCCACAAACCAAAGUGUACUGGAUAGUUACGAUGUAACUGGGAAUAUUUCAGCAUGUGUGUGUGCAGGUGUAAAAGGAGAAGGGCAGAAGAAAGUCCCUCUCAUGCCACCUCUAGCGGCUCUGAAGAAGGCAACACAAGAGAUGGACUCACAAUCAAAGAUGCCAGUCAGACAACAGCUGGUGACGCUGAAGGCACAGCAAUCACCAGUGAAAGGAACUACCUCUCCUCCCUCCAAACCUGCUCCUCCCCCUCCACCACCUCAUGGGGAGAAGACAGAGGGAACUGGGGACCGAGACAGUGGUAUGUGGAGUGCCUCUACCUAUGACACUGUCACUGAAUGGACAAAGCACCAUGACAACCCAUCAGCAGGUGCUAUUUGUGAUGAUGUCGGUGGUGUUUGCUCAGUACCAGCAUCUCGUUAACGAUGUCACUGAUGAUCACCAGUAUACAACUCCUAAGAGAAACAAAGAAAAUAUUUGACUGUAGCGUUUUAGGUGCGUUGAUCGCAUGGUUUUCCCAUG